AUUGUUCGCAAUGACCGAUGAUGUAAAAUUGUUUGUGAGACCAAAAGUCAGAUUUUACCAAACUGACACUAACGAAUCGGCAGCGGGAGAAUCAAAACGUACGAUAGAUCAGAAAAAUAUUGGGCAAUCGAAUAAACCGAGGAUUAUCAGUAUCGUAACACUUGAUAAACCCGUUAAAUUAGUAAAAUCUAAUAAAUCAUGUAAUAAUAAAGAAGAUAAGAAUUUAAAAACUUUUGAUAGCACACGCAAGAAUGACUCGUUAACCGUAUGUUCUAACGCACCUCCUCUUUAUACGCUUGAUGAAAAUCCUAUAGAAAUAGAGAAUCAGAAACCUUUAAGUGACAAUACAAAUAUUAAAAACAUCAAAGCAAAUUCUAAAGAUAUUAAACCAAAAAUUUCUAACAAACGUUCACACAAUAAUGUAGUACCUUCUUCAGUAUCUUUAGUUGAACAAGAUAAAAAUUUGAAUAAAACUGUGAAGUCUCAAAAUUUUGUUAAAACUAAUGCUUCAAGAAGUUAUGUAAAAAGUAAGAAAGGAAAAGAAAAUGAAACGUUGGAUGAUAAAGGAAAUAAUUACUUGACUAAAAAAUUUUCAGACUUAGAAAUUACAGCUCAUAAAACUAAAUCUUGUUCUAGUAGAACUACUUCAAAAAAAGCAAAUGCUACGAGUAAAACAUUAGCUGCAUCCAAAAGAAAUUUAAGUACAAAGUCUAAUGUUAUGCCAUGUCACAAAUACCUUAAAGCUGCAUCCAAAGUAAAAAGCUCUCCUGUCAAGAAGACUGUGAUCCGUGAUGUGGAUGGUCCCAAAAUAAAACCUUACAUUGGUCCAGGAGUAUUGCGUAAAAAGAAUGAUGAUUUGAAAACUCCAGAAACUGAUGAAAGAACUUUUAUGAAACCAAGUACUUCUGGAGAAAAAUUGGCAAAACCAGAAUACAAUUCAAUCAUGUGUACAAUUAAUAAAUUAAAUGAAAUGAAAAAGCAAAAAAUUACAACUGAUAUUGAACAUUUGCCAGUUUGGUGCAAACAUUUCAUAAAUGGAAAGAUUUCUACUGCUUUGGAUUUUCCUCUUGAUGAAGCUGUUUAUAAAAAUUUAGUAGAUCUGUCCAUAGAUGAAAGUCAGUUGCCAUGUAGAUUAAUUCGUAGUAAAGAUCCAGAACCACGACAAAAAGAUGCUGUGCCAAUACUUUCUGACUUUUUUAUACCUGUAUCUACAGAAGAAUAUUGCACUUCUGUUUCUAGAAAGCCACGAACUCCAGAAACAACUGAAAUUUGGAAUGCUUUUAGAGUAAGUGAUAAGAUAUUUGAAUGGAAACAUAUUUUGGAUCAUGUAUAAUGGUUGUGAGCUUUAUUAUGUAUAAGUUGUUUAUUACUUAAUAUUUGGAAAACACUUACUUUGGUAGAUGUAUCUUUUUUUGUAAAAUGCGAUUUAUAAUAAUACUUGUUAAAUAAAUUAUUUACCAGAUA